AUGACCCUUCCACCCCUCCCACUCCCCGCAGGCAUAACAAGCCGCAACAUCCAAACCAACGAUCUAAGCAUUCACAUACUAGAAGCCGGCCAAACCCCAGCAAACGACAAACCAUUGAUAAUUCUUCUCCACGGCUUUCCAGAAAUCGCCUACUCGUGGCGCCGGGUGCUCCCAAAACUAGCAGCAGCAGGCUUCUACGUCGUAGCCCCAGACCAACGCGGCUUCGGCCGCACCACAGGCUGGGACACAGGCAGCUAUGAGACCGUUGAUUUGGCAACCUUCUCUCUGUCCAGCCUGGUGCGGGAUAUUGUGCUCCUCGUAUACGCCUUGGGCUACCGCUCCGUGCGGUGCGUCGCAGGUCAUGACUGCGGCGCUGUAUCGGCAGCCAUGUGCGCCCUAAUGCGGCCAGAUUUCUUCCAGAGCGUGGCGCUCAUGAGCCAUCCGUUUAAUGGGGCCCCAGAUUUACCGUUUGAUACGGCGAAUGCGGAUGCCGCGGCGGGUGGGUCUGAUACGGCAAUGGCCGGUGCUGCUGGCGGUGCUGAGGGGUCGGCUGCUGCGACAGGUAUCCAUGAGGCGCUUGCGGAGCUCGGGCACAAGCAUUAUAAGUGGUAUUACUCGACUAAGGAGGCUGGGCCUGAGAUGUCAGAUCUAGGACCCGAAGAGAUGCAUCGCUUCUUGCGGGGAUACUUCCAUCUGAAGAGUGGUUCGUGGCCGGGAAACCGGCCACAUCCGCUUGGGAAGUGGUCUGCGGCCGACUUGGCUCAACUACCUGGGUAUUAUAUCAUGCCAUUGAAUGAGUCCAUGCCUGCGACGGUGGCGCGCGAUAUGGCGCAUGAGCCGUCCGACAGUCUGGCCUCACACUCGUGGCUGCCGGAUGAGGAGCUUGCUGUUUACGCGGGCGAGUAUAGCCGCACGGGCUUCCAGGGUGGAUUAAACUGGUAUCGUGUUCGCACUGCUGCUGGGGGCCGGUAUACAAAAGACUUUGAUGUCUUUGCUGGGAAGAAGCUCGAGCCGCCUUGUGCUUUUGUCUCGGGCAAGCUGGACUGGGGUAACUAUCAGGAGCCUGGUGCCAUCGAAAAGAUGACGAACGGGGUUUCGUGCGCUGAUCUGCGUAUCGUUCGGUUUGUGGAUGGGGCUGGACACUGGACGCCCCAAGAAAGUCCAGAGGAGAAAAUGAGACAGAAAUUUUGGGAUCGACCUCCGUACAUCAUCAUUAUCUUCCCCUAG